AUGGGGGGGCCCCCCCCUGGAUCCGCCCUUGUCUGCAUCUAUUGCUACAAACUUUACGUGCGCUCCCGGCGCCCAACGUGUACCACACUGCAAACGAGUGUACAGACACUCAAAAAGCGUAUGAAAUAUGGACUCUGAAGCUUUAUCAAAAUAUGAAUCUUGAAACAAAUAAAUAAUGUCGCGAUAAUACCAAAGAAGACUGGGAGGGAAAAGUUAUCUGUCCAUAUGUUGAGCUAUCUUAUGAAAUUAACUACUUCACGGCGAAAAGUGUUGCCUUUGUUCUUCUCAGCACUUCGAAAUCGAUUUACUCCCGAUCAGCUGUGAGGGAGAAAUGCACACAACUUAUACUCUUUAUCGACCCAGACAGAGCAGUGAAACAAUGGCGCUCGACUUUGCAGCCACCUACAAAAUCCUCGUUUUGGGGGAUUCCAACGUGGGAAAAACCUGCAUAGUGCACCGUUUCUGCGACGAGAGGUAUUAUGAGACUUACAUUUCAACAAUUGGAAUAGAUUUCAAGCAGAAAAUUAUCAAUCUGGAUGGUGUUCCUAUAAAGCUUCAAAUUUGGGACACCGCUGGACAGGAACGCUUCAGAACUCUGACCACCGCUUAUUAUAGGGGAGCGAUGGGGAUUUUGUUAUUAUAUGACGUUACCAAUUUGGAGAGUUUCAACCACAUUACCUACUGGCUUCAAAACAUUGAUGAGAAUGCGUCGCCCCACUGUAUCACGGUUUUAGCGGGAAACAAGUGCGAGUCUAAGGACAGGAUUGUAGAAACAGAAAACGGACAGAAGAUUGCUGAGCACUUUGAUUUGCCCUUCUUGGAAGUCUCCUGCAAGGACAACAUUAACAUAGAAGCGUGUUUUAUGUGCUUGGCUCGAAAAAUUCGCGAGAAACGGGAACAAAAGGGUUACCCAUUUGUGGACCCUCCACAGAACGACAAAACCGACUUGCUGCUGAAACCCAAGUCCGACAUGCGAGGAUGCUCUUCGUCUGGUUGUUGAAAAGUCUGCUGGCCGCCGAAAAUACUUGCAGUUUUUGCUUGAUUUCAAUCGGUUGGAUUCAGUUGUAGUGGAGGGCAAUUUUUCUUUAGACAAUUCACGAAAUUGCUCCAUUUUGGCUCAAUUGUAUAUAUAAGUUGACGCUACAUCACUGUGAUUUUUUGCUAAGCGUACCGCUAAAUUGUACAGGGUGUAGACUGAAAGUCUUUUACAUUUUAAGGGGUAGAUACUUAAAUAGAUGUCGUGUAUCUAGAAGACCGUUUAAGUAAACAUUUAUUUUCUAUUUCUUUACCGAUUGAUUAUCAAUUGAACGAACUGAGAAAAAAAUAUUAAAAUUGGACUUUUGUUACGAUAAAGUCACUGUGAUUAAUCCUUGUUUUGAAGCUGCUGAUGAUUUCCAAGCUCCAAGCGCACAAAUAACUUGAUUUAUGAUUUUUAAGACUGAGCUAAUGGAAAAUUUUACUGCAAAUUAUUGUUCAUAGAGAACCUCACUCUGUUAGUUACAAGUAAGAUUGAUCCAGGCAGAUGUAGAAUUAAUUCAUUCAAAAUAUAAGUGAAUAACUUUACACAGUA